GGGCAUCUUCGGCUCUAUCUUGCAAUGAUUCAACAUUGCAAAGCCAAACAUUUUCAGUUUAUUAUUCGAAAUGCACCUUUUCCAAAGUUUUUAGUUUUUAACGAAUAGAUUCGUUGGCAUUGGCAUAAUUCCUCGUACGUAUUUCAUCAAAAUUUCAUAAAUAACACCAAUCAACAAGGCUCCCUGGUGCAGAAUUUACUGGCAGUAAAGGAUACGGACCACCUUCUCUUUCUCCCUUUAUUAACAGUGGAAACAUUCCUAUAGAUAAAUAUAAACCAGAAAAGCAACAAUACAACAAGAUGGAUCCCCCGCAAUGCGUGCAAAACGCCAUGAUGACCAAGGAUAAGAAACCAUUCACCUACACCCCUAGCGGCAUCAACCUUAGCGAAAUCAAGUCGCCAAGGCUGAGCAGACGGAUAGAACGAAAUGCGAACUUCGACGGCGUCAGUCAAGUACCCAACCAACCACCGCCACCCCAAAACCACGGACCGCUUCCGCCCUCCGCUCUGGCGGCCAUGCAACCCCAAAUGCAUGUUCAGGUAUUCCCAUCUGGUCCGCCGCCACCUCCACCAAUGGGAGGAAGAGGAGGCGCUCCACCGCCACCUCCACCCCCAGCUAACGGCCCUCCACCGCCGCCACCACCUCCAAGUCAGCCUUUGCCCACGCAGAAGGUUAUGACCGGCGACAAUCAGGUUCUCGAGCGACCGGACAUGACCAAGAUCAUUCCGGAUAAUCCGAUGGCUCUGCUUAGGAAAACUGGAGGUCCCAAGCCCAGGAACUUCGUUGACGAGAUGUAUCAGAACGGUGCACCUCAGGUGAGCCAACCUCAGAUGCAGUACGCACCUCCGCCGCAGCCGCAGGUGCAAAAGGCGGCGCCUCCGCCACCACCCAGGUCUCCAGAGAACGUCAGAGAACCUCCAAGAUAUCAACCACCAGUUAUCGAAAGAGCUCCUCAACAGUCACCACCAGUUCAUCAACAACAGCCUCAGUAUCAACAACAACAACCAAGAUCACCUCCAGUCCAGCAACAGGCUCCAAGAACUCCUGAAGUCGUUAAGCAUGUACCGAGUUAUCAAGCGCCAGUUAUUGAAAGAGCACCAGUUUCUCCCAGACCCGCUCCCCAAGAACCACCCGCAAAGUCCGUUAAUGUUGGAUCGCUGUAUAUACCGCCAGUUAAUCAACAAUCACAACCACAGCAGAGAGUAGUUUCUCCUCCUACACCACCACAAAGAUCUACUGACAGUCCUGUCACCAUUUCGCCUGGCACUCCGCCUUUGAAGCAAGCACCAAGACCAUGGCAACAAAAAUCUCAGCAGCAAGAAAGCGUACCGGAAUGGGCUAGACGUGACGUUGCUUCAGAACCUCAGGCUCAAUAUCAAUCUCAGCAGUCACCACCGAUUCAGCAGCAACAGAAUCCAACCAAACAGUCCAUCCCAGUGCAUAUCGAGGUGAAGAGCACCCAGCGUCCAACUUCGCCCUACCAACAACAAAGGCCACAGCCUAAUAGACAACAAUAUGAGCAACCACAGCAACCGUCGCCCAAUGCAGUGUAUGUUACUCAACCAGUUGUCUUGCAACAUCCGGGACCAGGUCCUAGAGGACCGACAGGUUCGCAGCAACAGCAUCAACCACCAACGGUAACAAAGCCCAGGGUCGACAACCAGGGAGCCUUCAUCAUACCCAUACAGAUUGAAGGCAAAAAUACGACACAGCCAAUCAGAACACCUGGGACACCAGUUGAUAGGUCACUUCAACGUCAGCAAAGUUGGGGUAAUAAUCCCACGCAGUCAAAUACCUUCCGGGUUAUUCAGAAAAUAACCAAUACCGAUGAUGAAGAGGAUGAUAAUGUUCCAGUUACUUCUCAUUCGCCGAAAUAUCCUUCAAAUUUCCAGCAGGUACCCGCUGAGCAACUCAGAAGAAUGAAAAUGUCUGAAGGAGACAGAAAUUUGGUCGAUAGAUUUAGACAAGGGGAGGACGAUGUUUAUUUGCACAAUGAGGUUGACCCCAGAUAUCGAGGUCCAGAAAUACCUUCUAAAGCAUUUAAACUACUUCAAACAAUGACAGAGGGCUCAGAUAUACCUGUUCAUUCAGGUUACAGGGUGUCUCCAGGACCACAGCAACCUGUGAACAGAGGGCCCCAAGUUAGAACCAUCCCUGUUCAAAUAGAAGGUAAUGGCCAACAACAAUAUGUGCAUCCUAGCCAACAAACUGUUCCAGAACCGAAGAAGUAUACCGGAAGCUCAAUUCCCAGCAGAUCAUUUAAAAUAUUGCAGGCUAUGACAUCUCCAGAUGGUUGUGCCAAUGUCAACCAAGAUUACGAAACUAUAGAACAAUCCGACGUUCCCUUAAAUGAACAAUGGGGUGUAGAUCCUAAUUACCCCCCUUAUUCUCCUUAUUGGCACGAAUAUUAUUAUCCCCCUUAUCCUCAAGAACUUUCUAAGAGCGAAUCCUCAGAAAAAAAAUCUAAUUCUAGCCAAAGAACCACACCAGUACCGUUUUGGGGUUAUUACCCACCACCAUAUUGUUAUGGCAGACCACUAAAAACACCAUCUACCGAUGUAGAAUCCGACAGUGAAACAAUUAAAAGUUCCAGAAGGACACCAAUACCUUUUUGGAAUUAUUAUGCACCACCUCCACCACCGCCACCUUAUCAAAGGCCACUUAGAACACCACUCACUGAAGAUGAAUCAGAUGCAGAAAAAACUCCUUGGGGUUAUCCAUGUUAUCCCACUAGUUCGGAAGAAAGUUUCGAAAGUAAACAAUCAAAUUAUCCGCCACCUUAUCCUCCGUAUUUUGACCCAUACUAUUAUCCACCUUAUUGCUAUGGUUAUCCACCUGUCUACUCGCCAUAUCCUAUGUAUCAUGUACCAGAAGGGGAUGAUUAUGCUGGGUAUUCCUCUACUGAUGAAAUGGCAUAUUAUAACAAUCGAUUCACGCAACAGCAACAAUUAAAGCAAAAAUUAAAUCAGAAACUAAGAACAGAAGAAUGCAGCACCCCUAAAAUUGUUAUAACUCCUACAAACACGGAAGAAUCGAAAGAAGAAAUCAAUUUUAAACAUCAAGAAGCAACAUUCGAAGCAGAAAAUUCACAAAUAGAAACACCUGUUAACUAUUCCGAUGAAGAAACUCUCGAUUCAGACACAGAAGCCGAAGAGGAAGAGAAUCUUCAUCAGAAAUCAAAAAUGAAUGGUCUAAAAUCGAUUCCUUCAGUGUCAAAUGUUCACAUGUACAACUUCGAUGAAAGCAUUCAACAAUAUUCUGAUGAAGAGCCAAAUGUGGAAGAAGUGUCUGAAGCUACAACUGAUACUAUCGAUGACGACGAUGCUUCUAUAUAUAUAAUUGAAGAUGAUGCUCUCCCUCAUCAACUCAGUGUGAUUUUUGAAGAAACAGAACGUACCGAUUCGAGAGUUUUAAGAGAGUCAAGCGUUGUUAGUGAUUCAACCACUAUUGCAGAUGAUGUUGACGAGGAGUACAACACAAUCAGCAUGCGUUUGCCUCUUCAGUUGGAAACUUCGAAUAGUAGCGAAAUGACAACAAUGACGGUAGGAGAAGCUGAAGUCAAGAAGUUGUCAUAUAAAAUAGAACAAGAGGAAACUGAAAUUUACACUUCAUUUACUCUAAAAUCUCCUUCGUUGACUCCAAGAAAGAGAUCACUAUGUAGGUUCGAUAGUGAAGAACCAUCUUUGGAAGAAAAUGUUUAUAUUAAUAAUGACAUUGAGCCUGAAAAAACUGUAGAACAUACAAAAGAAAAAGUUGAAGAAAAAGAGACGGAGAAAAAAGACGAGUCAGAACAAGAUUGGUGGAGUAUUAUUUCUAACGACGAUGAUACUCCUUCUCGUAAACCAAAAGUAUAUAAUAGUGAAGAAACUGAUAAUAUUGAUAAUCAUGAUAUAAAAUCCGCACAAAACAGUAAUAAGGAAGAUGAGAUAACUAUUGAAAAACAAAAAGAAAUUGAAAAGAAGAAGGUCGAUGACGGCAAAAUUGUAAUGAGAGACUUCGCAGCGAAAUUAAAAGAAAUAAAAGAUAUUCAUACGAAAUCAGGUACUAUUAGACGUCAGAGCUUGGCAGAAGAACAAGCUUUGGAAUCUAAAUUCGAAGAACAAAAACAACAUGAUUUCUGGGCACAAAUCAAUGACGAUGAUGAUUCUGAAACUGAAGAAGCAACUCAAACUCUUACUGAACCUGAAAAUAUUACUAAAACUGAAGAAGACAAGGAAUUAAUUGAAGACCAAGAAAAACAAGAAGAAGAAAAAGAAGAAGAAGAAGAAGAAGAAAUUGACUUUUGGAGUACUAUUGGAAAUACGGAUGAAUUGACUAGUCGUAGACCAGUCUAUAGAUAUAGGAGAGAUACAGAUUCCACUCGUUCUAGAAAUAGUAGCGUUGGCGAGAGUCAAGUAUCAAAGGAUGUUGAAUCUAAAGAAACUGAAAAUAGUAUUGUACAAGAAACUCUGGAAGCAGAUGUAAUUGAAAUUGAACAGGAAGUAACUGAAAUUGUAGAAAUAUUGAAUGAGAACAAAAUUGAUGCAUGUGUUGCCCUUGAACAACAAGUCGUACAUGAACUAAAAGAAGUUGAAAAAGUAAAUAUUGUCUACGAAGAUGAAUCUAAUGAUUAUUAUGAUGACGAAAAACAUGUAAAUAAAGAUGUUAUUAAUUAUGACGAAAGCAAAGACGUUGAUUAUUAUACAGAAGUUGCUGAUGGAAAUUUGGCAACAGACGAAAAUGCCCAAGAAGAGGCUGUUCAAAAUAAAUAUUUAGAAGAAGAAGAAGAAGAAGAUUCAAAUAAUUAUGAUGAAGUUCCAGUAGAAGUACCCUCAAUUAAGGAUAGAAUUAGAGCUCUUCAUGAAAGCGUAAAACAGAAAGAAAAAUCUACAUGUAGCUCUCAAGAACAGGGCAUUUCAAGAAAACAUACCCCUUCUCUCACAAACGAUAAACAACAACAACAACAACAAGAAUACUUACAAGAAAAUGAAGACGAUGAGUCAUCAGAUUCAGAAUCAGAGGAAUCUGAUUCCGAUUCAGAGAAAGGUAUCAGUAAUAUUAAUAUUAACGGACAGCAAGAACCUUUGUCUAUUAAAGAACGCAUUAAGGCGCUUCAAGAGAGUGUUAAACAGAAACAACAAGGCAUUCAGGAGCAGCAAGAGCUCAAAGUACAAGUCAAGCAGAAGAUUAGUGCUUUGGAAAUAGCAAAUAGUCAAAACUCUUCAAUUGAUAUAAACAAUAGUGUGAGCAAAACUACAUCGACGAAAAGUAGUAUGAAGUCCUUUGAAGAGUUUAGUGAAGAAGAAAUUGAUUCAGGAAUAACAUCUGAUAUGAGCAGACAUAUUUCUGAUAACGAAGAAUUCACAGAGUUGAAGAAAAUGAGUAGAUAUCAAAGAGCAGCGACUCAUUCGAGAUUAUUCAGACUUCUGCAAGAUGAAUGUGAUGAAGAUGAUGAAGAAAAAGAACCUACAGGUAGCCAAAAAAGUGAUGAUAAAUUUGCAAAAUUAUCUGUCAGAAGAAGAAUGGAGGAGAAGAAAAAUGAAGAGAAAUUGAUUAGCAGAGAUCAGCUUUCUUUACCUUUGAAGAAUAUGAGUGAACCAGAUAGUAUGUCAUCAAGUGGAUUGACAUCGCCAAAUUCUCCGGUGAACGAAAAAUUGGUAAACGAAGUGGUACAAAGUUUGUUGCGCAAGAAGAAAGGCCAAAUAUUUAGAAAUAUGCCAAAAGAAAAACUAUAUGCGGCUGCGUUAAGAAUUUUACAAGAAGAUAUGGAUGGUUUGGAAACACCUUCCGAGGAAUGCGUCAGUUUUUUAUCACCAUUAAGAACUGACACCGAGAAUUCCACACCUGCUCAAACGCCUCAAGAAUUUUAUGGUAAUUACAACGAAUACUGUCAAUACUACGAUACUUGGAGCGAAGCAGAUAGACUUUAUUACGAAAAUUACGACAUUUGUCCAUCCAAAGCAUUUAAGUUAAUUAAGGAUCACCUUAAUACGAAUAAAACAGGUACAAUAUCUGGUUUUUUGGCUAAAUGUCCAAAAAUAUUAAGUUCUAAAAAUGUUCAUAAAGACUUGUACAAGCUCUUAGAGGGAUCUGAGGAUGCCGACAGUGCCCCGACCACCCCCGAGAAAACUAAAGAAGUGAAGGAAGUAGCUUCUUGAAAACGAAACGAAGAGAAAUCGAAUAUUCGAUGUGAUUUGUUUGUACGGACCCGGUUUUGUAUGAGGUCCUGAUCAAUCAGAUUUGUAAAAUCUGACCCAUUGAAGCCGAAUAAACUAUAAAAACAGAGUAAAAAAAAUUGAAAACUCUCAAAAUAACAUAAAAUGUAAUAACUAGUUUUUAUUUUCUGUGGAUGGCUAAAAAUUUUCGUGUGAGGUGUGAAACGCAUUUUUUUUUGACUUACGCCACAUUCACAAAAUAAAUGGAAACUAUAUUUUUUUUGUAAAUAAUUUAAUACGUUAAGGAAUUUUAUAUAGGUACCCUUCGGAUUUAAUAAUCACGCAUGGAAUGUUAAUAUUGUUUUAAAAAAGUUAUUAAUAAAAUGUAAUAAUAGUUAUUGUAUGUUAAACAAUUUAUGUGUAUUUUUAAAUUUUACUGUAUAUACAUAUUAUAUGUAAAUGAAUAUGUUAAUAAAAUGUUAUAUGAAUGUAUUUUUAAAUAAAUGUUUAAAUAAUUCAA